CAUCCCGGUUUGUGUUUUCAAUCUAACGGGAAGUGAUGGCGGAGAGAAACAGCAGUAAUCUGGGGAAUAUCUGUCUUUAGCGGUGUAACAGCUCGGUUUAGUGUCUGUUCGCUACAUGUUAUGAAUUGUUAGCUCUCGAAGCGAGUGUAAGCUGCCGCUGAAACACCGGGCCAGUUCUCUCUCCCUGCGUAUCCCACAAUGCUUAGCGUGCAACCUUCCGCUUGUGUGGCUCAAUCGGAUCCAGCCCUAUAGCAGUACUGCCUCAGGCCUCAACCUCCUGCCCUGAGACCGGUGGGAGUCAGACUGCCAGUUCGUCCCCGUUUCCAUAUUUCUGCUGAACACAGACUCCGUCCUAAGUGGUCAUGGUGUCCAGACCUGGAGACAUUCCAGCCCUGGAGGCAGGCUCUGGGGUGAGCGAGGGCCUCCUGGGGGGCAUGUCUAUCCCCACGGGGAUGACCCGCCGAGCCCUGAACUACGACGACAACCUGGAGCGGCCCAUGUCACCUCCACCCUCCGACAUCAACAUCACCAACCUGUGGAGGAGGCCCGUCAUCCCCGAGAGAAAGUUCUCCCGACUGGCUGAGGAGGAGGAAUCAGAAAACACUAUAAAGAACACGUCUGCACCUGAGCCCCGUGAACCUCCGGUGGUGGUGAAGGCCAAAGCGUCUUCAGUGCUCAUGAGCUCCCUGAUCAUUAAGCAGACCCAGGAGAGCAUGCAGAGCUUUGAGAAGAAAGCCGGACUCACCGACGCAGGCUACAAACCCCACAAGGGCCUGGCUGCUGACGAGAGCCACUACCACCGCAUGGCUCAGUCGAUGCAGAAGUUGCACAUGCACAGCGCCGACCAUAAAGAGGAGAAGCAGUCGUCCUCGGCUCAGUCGACACCAUCAGGAACUCCGCAGUCGUCCCCAAAACAGACGCGCAGGGGCUGGUUCAGCAAUCAGGGCUCGGUGACGUCCCUCACAGGCUCAGAGCUCAGCUCCAGUUCUAGCUCCAGUAUGGAUUUGGGAUCCGGUGAGGGAGCCAUGGAGCGCUGGGGCAUGUUUGGACCGCGGCAACAGGUCCACAAGUCCAUGACUGACCCGGGAAUAGACCACGGCACAGCAGGGGGCUUCGCGCUGGCGUCCUAUAAAGGCGCCCAGAAGCCGACUCCCAUGGAGGUAAUGAAGGCUCAGGCCACUCGGCUGGCCGAGGACCCCAUCACCUUUAAAGCUCCGCCCAAGAUGGAUAUUCCCAUGGUGGAUCCCAAGAAGCAGGUGACGCGGCCCCACAAGCUCAAACCGCGCGACAUGAACGUUCUGACACCGUCGGGUUUUUGAGAACCCGUCCCAGACGCAGCCUCGUAUUUCCUCAGUGCGCAGUCGCAAGACGUAGCUGGACUACCCUGCUUAAUUAGAUUUUUUUUUUUCUUCCCCUCCAUGCUUAAGCACAGCAGUGAUUCAUAAUGACGGCUUCCUCUUGCGUCUUGUUUUAAAUGUUAAGCCUCGGAUUAAGGCUGUGUAAUGAGGUAAUGAGGUGCCAUGUGUGUUUUUUUUUUUUUUUUUUUUUCCUGUGCCCCCUCCUCCAGAUUGCCUCCUUGUGCUUUAGCGCUUUUUUUUCCUUCUUGUUAAUAUGCGCAGGCCAUCAUGCUUGUCUGUGUGUUUUCAUCUCUUUCCAAAAAAAAAGAGAAGACAAGGCAAUGUACCUUUGAUAUACCUCUUUAAUUCAAUUCAUACUGUACUUGCUUCAUGUAAUCAUUGGAUGUGGAUGUUCUACAGUUCAGCAGUGCGUUGUUGCUGUUGUUGGUAGACGCCUAGUUUUCUCUUAUUGUAACAUCAUCAUCAUCCUCAUCAUCGUCAUGCUGCUGUGGUUCUCAUAAAUACAUCAUCUCAAAGAAAUACCAAGUACAUUUAGACUAGUUUUUGCGAUCGUAACGUGACACACGAUCCACGCCUUUUCUUCAGCCGAGUAUUAAUUUUAAAGUCGUUGAUGUUAUCGCCGUCGCGUUUGUAUAUUUGAGAUGUUUUAAUUUUGUGUAAAAUUUCUGUUACACUUCAGGAAGUUUGAUCUGUAAAUAAAACCGCCCCGAAGACGA